AUGGAGUUUGAAUGGGUGCUUCAUGAAGAGGUUCAUUCUUCACUAUCACAGUUAAGAAAUAUUUUAAUGGUAUGUUAUAUGUUUUUAGAGUUAUUCGUAAAACAAAGAAAUUAUUAUUUAUUAUUAUUUGUACAUUAUAUUACAGGAAUGCGCACAAAGAUUUCCAUUAGCAUUAUUUGGCAAUGAUCAACACAAUAAGACAGAUAGAUUUGUAUUUGCUGCGCCACAUGACCAAGUGAAAUGUGUAGCUGUUUUAACUGGUGAUAGUAUUACGAAUGCAGAAGUUAAUUUUAAAGUCCAGCGUCAACAAAACAUUAAUAUGAGAACAAGUAUACAAACAGAACAUCCUUGGAAAUUACAACAAAUUCAAGAUGCUGCCAAUCAUUUACAACAAGCCAUUGCUCACAUAGAUAAUGUCGAUCGUCAUUAUCCUUUUAAGACAUCUGAUGAAGUUAUGCAUGUAUUAGGGAACAUACUUGGUUGUCUCCAACGCAGUCGUACAAGUUUAAUUGUUCCUAGAAAAAAGACUAUUGAUGAUCUCAUUAAAAGUCGUAAUAUGAAAUCAUUAAAUCCUAAUCUUCCAGAAAAUUUAGCUAUUAGUUUUUAUAUCCAGAGUUAUAAAUUAGUUUUAGCAAUAUACCAGUUAGAGAAUGCACAUGGUAAUGUUAAGUAUGAAACACAACAAGCAGAAUGCAGUGUUCCAUGGUUGAAUGAUGCUUUAGUACUGCUUACUAUAGCAUUACAACUUUGCCAACGACUAAAAGACAAGGUUAGUUUGAAUAAAACUAUUUGAAUAUAACUAAAUUUCUUUACCUUAUCUGAGAUAUUUUUCAGAUCUGUGUUUUUUCUCAAUACAAAGAUUUUACAGUUGGUCCUCACGUUCCUUCUACAGUGGCUUGGUAAUGAAAGUAUUUGAGUAAUCAGACAACUUUCAAUUAAAAAAUUAGUUUUGUAUAUAUACACAUAUAUUACAGUAUACCACGUUUAAUGCUCUGGUAGCAUUUUAGUAGUGAAUUUUGUUUUUAUAAAUGAAAUUUAAUUCUAAAAACUAAUUUAAUUCUAUUAAAUUAUGUAGCAUUUUCAGAAAUAAUUUUUUGAGUCAUAUGUAUACAUAUCUUGCUUGAUACAUCGUAUUAAAUUUGGAGAUUAAAUUUUACAUAGCAAAUUUUACACAAGAAAAAUUCUUGUAUAUUAGUACAAGAUCUGAGUCACGAUUUUAAAAGUAUUUUGCCAAUUAGUUAUGUGCUUGUAUCUUGUAUUAGUCCUUUUGAUCAUAAUUUUUAAUCUUAUGUAGACAAUUUUGAUUUAGAAUAGUUAUAAAUUCUUAUUAAUUAAGCACUAUAUUUACUAUAUCUCCUGUGAUUUUUCGGAAUGUUAUAACAAUUUUCUUUUUAUUUUUUAAAGUUUUAUUCUUAAGAGUGUAUGCGAUUCUAAAGUUUUUAACUAUUAUUUUAAACACUUAUUUAUUUUAUUUACCAAAGAAGAUACUGUUUAGUAAAUGUUGACGUACAUUACUGUGGUAUGACGUUCCUUUCAUUUUAAUAUAUCUAUAUAUUUAUAUACAGAUAACUAAAUUAGCGUUACAUCGAUCAUUAACUAGGUGUUAGUAUAAUUGUUACUGAUCGACGUUAUUGUUAUAUAUACACACAGCAAUUUAUAAGGAUUUCAACACAGUUGUAUUAAAUAUUUAGAAUUGCCUUAACAUAAUAACGAUAGAGAUAUGAAAUUUUCAAUAUUAAGAUCAAUUUUCGUAUUGAGUUAAAUGGAAAGAUUUUAUCUUAUUUCUAAAUUUUUAUUUAUUCUGAAUUGAGAUAUAAAAAUCUUGGAUACAUAUUUAUAUUAAUUGUAUAUACGUAUAUAUAUAUCUAUACGUAUUCAAGUAUAAAUUUCUUUCACUUAAAUUUUCUUUUUUAUAUUUUCGUAUUAAUAUAUACAUAUAAUUUAGGUAUAAAUAAACGAAUCAUGUCGAUUUACUUUCCAUAUAACUCAAUAAAAAGAACAUGUGAUAAUAGAUCACUUUUAUGUUUUUGAAUCAUAAAUACUUAUAUAAGCAAUGCAAAGCUUUUAAAUAGCUUGUUUCUAAUACUACCGAUUAAAAUAUUACUGGAUAAAUCACGAAUCAAAUAUGUAUAUUUAUUUUAUUUUAAUUAGUUAUAUAUUUGAAAUAUUAUAAAUUUACAAAUGCUGUGGUUUAGGUAUUAAAAGUUUAUAGUUUCAUUUUAUGCAUCAUUAUAUCUCCUUUUUGUUAUUAUGUUGUGUACUUAUAUAUUAUAUUUUAUCAAUAUCAUUUUACAAAUUAUAUUUUGUUUAUAGUUAUUUGUUAUUUUAA